GGGCACUAAUCAGCCAAUAAGGAAGCACUCUUACAUCACAUGGCAUCUGACAGUAGCCUUGUCGUGCACCCUGCUCUACCUCUUAGAGCACCUUAAAAAUUUGCACCCCUAAAAGGGGGCUGCAGGUGCGGGUAACGGGGGUGAUCACAGAAGCAACACGGUGGAGGGGGCACGACCAGUGACACCAGGAAGAGUAAAGACACACACCAACCAGGAUGUUUUCAAGGAAGAAGAGGGAACUGAUGAAAACCCCGUCCUUAUCAAAGAAAAGCAGAGCAGGAAGCCCAGCACCACACAGCGAACCACUCAACAAAGAUGUUGUUGAUUCACCAUCUUCUGCUGACUUGGCUCCUGGACCUCUUGUUAGUGGGAGCCCAGUUUUUACUGGGACCAUGAAAAGACCAACUAGUCUGAGCCGCCACGCCAGUGCAGCGGGAAUAUCCCUCUCAUCUCCAAGAGGAAAAGUCAGCAAAACACCAGGGGUCCCGAGUCCCCCAGAAAGUUAUGAUGUCAUCGAUGUGGAAGACAUCUCACAGCUUCUUGGAGAUGUUGCAAGGUUUGCUGAACGGUUGGAGAAACUGCGGGAUGUGGUUCUAGGAGAAGAGAUAAAGGAGCAGAGGCGUCCACUAGCACAUGAGUGUCUUGGUGAGGCUCUGAGACUUCUCCGUCAGGUGAUCAGCAAGUACCCUUUACUCAACACUGUGGAAACAUUAACGGCAGCUGGAACACUCAUCUCCAAGGUCAAAGGUUUCCACUAUGAAGCAAGUAUUGAAAAUGAAAAGCGGGACUUUGAGAAGGCGCUGGAGAGUAUGGCUGUGUGCUUCAGCAGCACAAUCUCAGAAUUCCUUAUGGGUGAAGUGGAUAGUAGCACAUUAUUAUCCCUGCCACCUGGGGAUCAGGGUCAGUCCAUGGAGAGUCUAUAUGGGAGCAUGUCUGGGGAAGGUUCACUGACCAACUCUGAUUAUGAGUAUGCAGGGUCUUCUUUAUCAGAGGAUGUGGAUGUGAUUUUGCAGCGUCUGGAGGGUGGUGUUGGAGCAGCGCUUCUGUAUGCAAAACACUUUGCUAAAUAUAUGAAAGAUCUGAGCAACUACAUAGAGAAGAGAACCAUCCUGGAGAUGGAAUACGCCAAAGGACUUCAAAAGCUGGUGAGCACAUGCAGAGGACCACUUACUCAAGAGCCUCACAUGCCAUUCAAAUCCAUCUAUUCAUUGGCUCUGGAACAGGACUUGGAUUAUGGUCAUGGAAUUCUUCACACAGCAGCAACCCUCCAGCAGCAGACCUUUCUGCAGCCAGUUAAUAUGCGACGCAUGGAACAUGAAAAACGUAGGAAGGAGGUGAAGGAGCAGUGGCAACGAGCUCAACGCAAACUGAUGGAGGCAGAGAGUAACCUGCGGAAGGCACGUCAGGCGUACAUGCAACGUAGUGAGGAGCAUGAGAGAGCGCAGUACAACGCAGCACGUGCAGAGGAGGAUCAGAGCCACAGUGGAGCACGGUCGCUUGACAAGAAAAGAAGAGCUGAGGAUGAAGCCAAGAACAGGGCAGAGGAAUCGCUAGCAACUUACCGGACAUGUAUUGCAGAUGCUAAAACGCAGAAGCAAGAGCUUGAGGAUGUGAAAGUCAAUGUCUUGCGUCAGUUGCAGGAGCUGAUCAAACAAAGUGACCAGACAUUGCGCUCGGCUACUAUCUCCUAUUAUCAGAGCAUGCAUAUGCAGACAGCUCCUCUCCCAGUUGGGUUCCAGACUCUGUGUGAAAGUAGUAAGCUUUAUGACCUAGGCCAGCAGUAUGCAUCGUAUGUUCGACAGCUUGGAACCAAAGCGGAACCAGAGACUUCCUAUGACUUUGAGCCCUAUACACCUCAGAUAUCAUGGACUCCCUGUAUUCGGACCCGAAAGUCUAGUCUGACUUCUCAGGAUUAUACUUCUUCAGAAAAUAAGGAGACAACUGGUGAAGAUCGGGGUGUUGAGAGGAGAGGGGGGAGAGGUCAUCAAGUGCAUAAGUCAUGGCCAACUGCUUACGCUGAAGGAGGGUCUACUGGAAGCAGCGAAGAUACAGGUUUUCCUGAGAAAUUACUCUGUCCACCUUCGCCAAGUGAGGAUGCUGAAAACAAGAGUCUGAGUUCAUCGCUAGAGCAGAGUAUAAAUGGGCUCCCAUCUAACUUAGAAGUACCAAUCCCCACCGGUCCUUUCCGUAACAUUGGUCUUUCCCGAGCAGCUCGUACUCACAGACUGCGCAAAUUACGAACACCAAGCAAAUGCCGGGAGUGUAAUAGCUACGUGUAUUUCCAGGGAGCCGAAUGUGAGGAGUGUUCCCUUGCUUGCCACAAAAAGUGCCUGGAAACUCUGGCCAUUCAGUGUGGUCACAAGAAGUUACAAGGACGACUGCUUCUUUUUGGCAGAGAAUUCUCCGAAGUAGCUCUCAGGUCACCUGAUCACAUCCCCUUCCUCAUUCACAAGUGUGUUUCUGAAAUCGAGGGACGAGCGCUGACCAUGAAGGGUAUUUACCGGGUGAAUGGGGUUAAAACCCGUGUGGAGAAGCUGUGUCAAGCCUUUGAAAAUGGAAAAGAGUUAGUGGAACUUUCCCAGGCUUCUCCUCAUGAUCUGAGCAAUGUUCUGAAACUAUAUCUGCGCCAGCUUCCAGAGCCCAUCAUGCCAUUCAGACUGUAUAAUGGUCUGAUGGGGCUGGCUAAGGAAAGUCUGCGGGGUACUGAGGCAGGGAGAGGGCCCAGACUUGAGGACAAGGGCCCAGACACAGAACUUGAGGUUAUGAACAUGGUGAUGAAGUUAAUAGAGCUGCUGAAGGAAUUGCCACCAGAGAACAGAGCCACCCUCCACUAUCUAAUAAAGCAUCUCUGCAGGGUCUCUGAACAGGAGCACUUGAACAAGAUGAGCCCAAGUAACCUGGGCAUAGUGUUUGGUCCUGCACUAAUGCGGCCACGUCCCACUGAAGCCACAGUAUCCCUUUCCUCUCUUGUGGAUUAUCCCCACCAGGCGCGGAUCAUAGAGACUCUCAUUAUCUUCUAUACAACAAUUUUUCAGGAGACCCCUAACACACCAACAGCAGGGCAGAAACACAGUAAUUUAACUGAAGAUAACUUAGUGCUCAGCACCGGAACUCCACAACUCAGGGAGACCACUGAUCCAGAGGUGCCAGAUUCACCCUCAGAUUAUGAGAUACCGGUGUUUAGAGACCAGACUGAAAAUGCAGCAGAUUCAGACUCAGAAUCAGACGGUGGAGAAGACAUCAGAAGAACAUGGGAGCAUGGGUCUGUUCGUGGACAUCUCAUAAAACAAGGCAGUGAGACCAGCACAGAUGACAUUCCAUACAUUGGGGAAGACAGCCAAUUAGAAUCUGAGGAAGAUAGAGGUCACAGCAGAGAGAACCUGGAAGAGCACAACACCAAUCAGUCCAAUAACGUUCUGCCAAGAGCUCACUGCCCCCUUCCCACAGCGCAUUGUUACCGCCCACGGGCCACAGUCCGCCUCCUCCAAGGACGAAUAGCAGUGAGCUCAUCUGCUGACCGCCAACCACAGUUUGUCUGAGUGACUGUACCAGGCCAAGCUGGCACUAGCUUUUGCCAAUGCCAACUACCCAAAUUACUUUGCAAAUUGCUUUAUGGUAACAUCCCAAGAUGGAUAACUGUGCCGUUAACACAGAUUAGCAGCUUGACUUGUGAGUGAUUUUCCAGUAUAACACAGCCUGACCCUCAGAUGGAAAGAACAGAUGGGUUUAGGUGAUGCAGUUGUGUCCAAUCUCAGGAGUACAAACAAAAGUUUUGUUUGGUUAUAUUUGCUUUAAAUAAAAAGUUCUUUAUUUUAAGAAGAAAAAAAAAUAUGCAACCUCCUUCUGGUUUACAACACAUCUUUAUUCUUCCCAUCAUUCUGAACAGAACUAGCAUAAUCACUUUAUAAAAGCAACACACAUAGUGCCUGUUCUAAUACAGAGUGUGAAAGAAACUUAUCCUGUGUAUAAAACAAAUUAUUAAACCAAACCUAUAUACAGCAAAGAAUAACAUGUCAUAAAAGAUACAAAUGCAACUGCUUUAAGCAGAUUAUUAACUUCGUUAGAGUUCCUGGCACCAUCUUAUUUAGUUGUACGUGUAGAUAUCAGGAAUUUAUGUUUACAAGAAGCAAGUACUUCCAUAUUGAUCAGCAAAUAAACGCUUCAGAGGUUUGUCCUUUUACUUAAAAUAAAGUGAAACUACCGUCUUAAAAAAA